AGAAAUGAUUAGUCCUUCCAUCUAGAGAAAUAGCUCCUUUUUAAACAGUUGUCUCUCUUAAACAGUGUUUAGUAUUUAAGUGAGGUUGAAACAGUGUCAAAAGGAAAGUGAAAUUGAAAUUCUCUCCUUCAGUAUAAAAGCUGAUCCACAAACAGCAGAGCACCAGACCUCCUCUUGGCUUCGAGAUGGCUUUGCCACACCACGAGCCCAAACCUGGAGACCUGAUUGAGAUUUUCCGCCUUGGCUAUGAGCACUGGGCCCUGUAUAUAGGAGAUGGCUACGUGAUCCAUCUGGCUCCUCCAAGUGAGUACCCCGGGGCUGGCUCCUCCAGCGUCUUCUCAGUCCUGAGCAGCGGUGCAGUGGUAAAACAGGAGCUCCUAGAAGAUGUGUUAGAAGGCUGUCGCUAUCAGGUCAACAACAGCUUGGACCAUAAGUAUGAACCACAGCCCGUGGAGGUGAUCAUCAGUUCUGCGAAGAAGAUGGUUGGUCAGAAGAUGAAGUACAGUAUUGUGAGCGGGAACUGUGAGCACUUUGUCACCCAGCUGAGAUAUGGCAAGGCCUACUCUAAACAGGUGGAAAAGGCCAAGGUUGAAGUCAGUGUGGCCACAGUGUUUGGAAUCCUGGGUAUUGUUGGAUACUCUUUUGUGACUAGGAGACACCAAAACAAGUGACAGCCUGAAGCAGCCACAAAAUCCUGUGUUAGAAGCAGCUGUGGGGGUCCCAGUGGAGAUGGGCCGCCCCCAUGCCUCCAGCAGCCUGACCCUCGUGCCCUGCCUCAGGCUCUCUCUAGAUCCUUUCCUCUGUUUCCCUCUCUCGCUGGCAAAAGUAUGAUCUAAUUGAAACAAGACUGAAGGAUCAAUAAACAGCCAUCUGCCCCUUCA